CUCCAGCUUAUUCAUGUAUAUAAACCAUCUUCUUCGCCAUUUAUACAUUCAUCUUCUUCCCAACUGAAGCAUCUCCCUGGUUCAGCCACACAAUGGGGUUUAGGGAAGUAUGCCUGUUUUUGUCAAUAUUCCUUGCAACCUCCACUGCUGCUGUGGAUCAACAAUCCUACAUUAUUCACAUGGACACCACCAAGAUGGCCGCCCCCACCCCCGAACAAUGGUACACAGCCUUGAUUGAUUCUAUCAAUGAAAUCUCAUCUUUACACGACCAACAAGAAGCAUCAAAUGCUGCUCAAAUUCUUUACGUCUACAAAACUGCUAUUUCAGGUUUUGCUGCCAAGCUCUCCACCAAAAAGCUUCAUUCUUUAAGCAAGACUCCUGGCUUUCUGGCAGCCACUCCUAAUGAACUACUACAGCUUCACACUACCCACUCCCCUCAGUUUCUGGGCCUACAAAGACAGCAUGGCCUUUGGAAUUCUUCAAACUUAGCUUCUGAUAUUGUUAUUGGUUUGCUUGACACUGGAAUUUGGCCUGAGCAUAUAAGCUUUCAGGACAAGGGUCUUCCCCCAGUGCCUAAAAAAUGGAAAGGCACUUGUCAACCAGGCCAAAAGUUUUCACCUUCAAAUUGCAACAGGAAACUCAUUGGCGCAAUGGCCUACAUUAAAGGCUACGAAGCAAUCGUCGGUCGAUUGAACGCAACGGGAACGUUCCGAUCGCCCCGAGACUCGGAUGGGCAUGGCACACACACAGCAUCCACUGCUGCUGGAAAUAUUGUCAACAAAGCUAGCUUUUUUAACCAAGCCAUGGGAGUGGCCACUGGAAUGAGGUUCACUUCAAGGAUUGCAGCGUACAAAGUCUGCUGGACAGAGGGGUGCGCCAAUGCCGACAUCUUGGCAGCCAUAGACCGCGCGGUUGCCGAUGGCGUCGAUGUUCUGUCCCUCUCUUUGGGUGGCAGUGCUAGUGCCUUUUACAAAGAUGAUAUUGCCAUAGCUACAUUUGGUGCUGUUCGAAAUGGGGUUUUUGUGUCAUGUUCAGCUGGUAAUUCUGGCCCAUCUAGCUCAACGGUUAGUAAUAUAGCCCCAUGGAUCAUGACAGUCGCUGCCAGCUACACUGAUAGAACCUUCCCAGCCACUGUUAAACUUGGAAAUGGGCAAGUUUUUGAAGGCUCUUCUCUGUAUACUGGGAACAACAUAGGUCAACUCCCACUUGUUUACAACAAUACUGCUGGCGGACAAGAAGCAAAUGUUUGUACACCUGGUUCACUCGUCCCAUCAAUGGUGAAGGGCAAAAUUGUGGUAUGUGAAAGAGGAACAAACUCGAGAACAGCGAAAGGAGAGCAAGUGAAAUUAGCAGGCGGUGCUGGAAUGAUUCUGAUCAACACACAACUGGAAGGUGAGGAGCUUUUUGCUGACCCUCAUGUGUUACCUGCCGCUAAUCUUGGAGCUUCAGCUGGCCAAGCCAUCAUUCGCUACAUAUCUUCCUCCAAGCAUCAACCAAAAGCUUUGAUCGGAUUUGAAGGGACCAAAUUUGGAAACAGAGCACCGAGAGUGGCUGCGUUUUCUUCUCGAGGGCCGAGCUUAAUUGCACCGGAUGUGAUAAAGCCAGACGUAACUGCACCAGGGGUUAAUAUAUUAGCUGCUUGGCCACUCAUUGCCAGCCCAAGUGAGCUGGAGUCUGAUAAAAGAAGAGUGUUGUUCAAUGUCAUUUCAGGGACUUCUAUGUCCUGCCCCCAUGUUAGUGGCUUAGCUGCACUGCUUAAAUCAGCGCACAAGGAUUGGUCACCUGCAGCCAUCAAAUCAGCACUCAUGACCACAGCCUACACUAAUGACAAUAGAAUGAGUCCCAUUUCGGACGUUGGGUCUGCAAGCGGCAAACCCGCAAACCCUUUUGCAUUCGGCUCUGGUCAUGUGGAUCCAGAGAAAGCCUCCGAUCCAGGGCUGAUCUAUGAUAUCACGCCCCAAGACUACCUAGACUACUUCUGUAGCUUGAACUAUAAUUCAACACAAAUUGGCUUAGUUUCAAGAGGGAACUUCACAUGUCCAUCAAAGAGAAGAGUUGGUCAGCCAGGGAACUUGAACUACCCUUCCUUCUCCGUGUUCAUGAAGAAGAAAGCCAAGAAUGUUAGUGUUACGUUGAAGAGAACGGUCACAAAUGUUGGUGGCCCAAGAAGCGAUUACAGUGUCAAAAUCAAGAAUCCAAAGGGAAUAGUGAUUAGUGUGAAGCCUGAGAAGUUGAGUUUUAGGAGAUAUGGACAGAAGCUGAGUUACCAAGUGAGCUUCGUUGCAUUGGGUAAAAGAGAAGGUGUGAGUGGAUUUUCUUUUGGAUCUCUUGUUUGGGUGUCAGGAAAAUAUGCUGUCAGAAGUCCAAUAGCCGUAACUUGGAAGUAGCUGCGUUUUGGACCAUCAAAGUUUUAACAAAAAUUACAUAACCUUAAAACUAUAAUCACAUCCCAUGAAAUAUUUAUAUAUUAUGCCAACGUAAUCUCCGACCCCAACGCUAGGGGCAUUAUUAUAACUAUGUAUUUAUUUCAACUAUCAAUGCUUUACUUAUAAAUUACCCAGUGGUG